AUGCGAGAAUGCCGUCGCUCCAACAACUAUCGAUUUUGCAACGAGUUUUUCAAAUGGAGAUCUUAUUUAUAUGGCAUCGACGGACAUGGAACAGGUUCCUAUUCUCCAAAUACUGAAGCAACUCAUCGAUUCACCUCUUCAUCUGAUGGAAUUACUUUCGACUUUACUUUUUGUGAAAUUGAUACUGGCGGCGACUUCUUGAUCUUCCGCAAACAAGAUGGUCAGAAGUAUUUUUUCACUGGCGACUUGACGGGAACUCGAUUUUCGCUCUCAUCGCCAUUUGUGGACGUGCAUUUCACGACCAAUGGAGUUGAUCAAUCGAUCGGUUUUGAUCUUGAAGUAAUUGAUGGAUAUGAAGCAUUCUUUGACGUAACAAGUCUUCGUUAA